ACUACACAAAAACAACACAUACACAAACAGCUACAAACAUUCAAAAACUCAAAAAGUUAACAAACAAAAAUAAAAAUGUUUUUUGGAGACAGAGGGCCAGUAGUAGACUUUCAUAGCCUUGGUGCUUCAAAAACCCAGUCGCCUUUGAACCUCAGCCGAGACCAUGGAACAGCCAAAAACAACUGAUCUAAAAACCUCAGGGACCACGUAGUGUUAAUAGAGCAAUCCAGCUAAGAAGAGGAGCAGGCUGGUGCUAACUUUGUAACAGAUGCCCCUUUAUGGCAGCUGGAAUCUGUGAGGCAGUCCUCUCCCUAUUCUCCAUUAUUAUAUGUAAUUGCAAAUAGAAGAGCAAUUCUUUCCCUUUUUACAUUUGAACUUUGAUAGCUUUCUCACUGGGACUGUCUUUGAUAAUGCAGUUUCAAAAGCCUUAUUAGAGAGUGCCAACGCAUAUCAGGUUAUCUGCAUUUUAAUUGUUUAAAUAUUGUUUCAUAAUCAUAUUAAGUGUAUCCAUGCAGUUCUGUAAAUACAUUUUAAUUUAAAUAAAUUUAUGUAUAGUAUUGUAUUGAAUUAGCGUUUACAUUUUGAUCCCAACAUAAAGUGGUAAAUCUAAAUGUAAACAUUGAAAUACAUUGCCAUUUUACAUAUUACAUUUUAAUUAGAAUUUUGCUACUGUUCUGUUUCCAUACUGAUACAACACCAGAUUGAAAAAGAAAAUUAUUUUAUCUUAUCUUAUUCCAACUCCCAUGAUCCCUUGAGGACCACGUGACAAUCACACCACACUGCUCCACCAAUCAUCUCCGCUCCAGAGCGCCAGAGUUCUGAUUGUGGACAGCUGCGUCCCAUGAACCGCCUUUCUGGAGCUCAGUCAGUCUCCUAGUAUAGGGCUAAUCACUGUGUCUGCAUGGGCCUACUAAGCCUUCCAGUUCUGUUGUGCUGCUUUGAGUUUGACCUGUUUUCUGUCUCUUCUUUUGCUUUUCGGGUCGCCCUUGUAUUGUUUGAUUUCUCCUGCCGGUAUUUGAUCUUGCUGUCCCGUUUUGGACCAAGCCCUAGCCUAGCCCUUGACUUCCGUGCCUAGCCCCUUUUAUAAUAAACACUUCUCUCUGUUUUACCUGCGCCUGGAAAUUCAGGAAGAAUUAUAAUGGAAUACCGUAGUGAAUUCUUUACAAGGAACAGAAAAUUAAAAAUGAACUAAAAAUUGCUGGUAAAUAAGUAAUUGGCCUUAGGCAUAUAUUCACUGAUUAAUAAGAAUCAUAUCCAGAAUUAACAUUUUGAUUAACAUAUAAAGUUUUAGUUGCCUCACAGAAAAAGUCAACAUUUUGUAGGCAACUCAAGUUCUUCACUGUGUCAAACUGCUUAUAAAGGUCCAAGAAAAGAAGAAAGCUGUCAUUGGCAAUAAAAUAAAAAUGUUCUGAAAUGUCCAUAACCACAUCUAUGUUAAUGUAAAAUAUAGCUAAUGUUCAACCUUUCUGUCAAGAGUCGUGGGGGAUGAUAUUCUAAUAUAUGGGUUCACUUUGUCAGGUUUAUUUGAAUUUUUUUGUCAGAUUUUGAAGAAAAACUGAUGAUAAUCAAAAAAUUGUUUAAAAAAUAAAAAUGUUUAAAAUAAAACAACAGGUAAAAUAACAGGAAAAUGAACUUAAUGAGAAAGCCAGGACAGCAUUGCUCUCUCUGUCUCUCUCUGUCUGCUCCCAAAAUACGGAAAACGGAUUGCUACUGUUUGCUGCUGAGUUCCAGAAUAACCAGCUGCCCAUCACUAGCCGGCUGGCCUGACACUUUUUUAAGCCUGUCUUAUGUUCACUGAGAGCCUCUGUCCACUUACCUUGAAGUCCCCCUUUCACCUUCCAAGUGCGUGAAGUAGACAAGUGGAAAGUCAUCCAAGAUGAUAUGUGCUGUUCUUUCUGUACAGUUAAUUACAUUUUGGGCACAGCAUGUCCUGUUAUUUGUGACUAACUGCCAUGUAGUAACAGUGAUUGACCCUGGACCCAUAAACACACACAGGUCUAAUGACUAGCCCUUGAGCAUAACCUAAUUUCAGCAAAUCAGUAUUACACUAAUUACAAGUUUUCUGUAUCUAAACCUGUAUAUGUAAUGAGGGCACUUUAAAGUGGAUGAAUUUACAGACUAGAAGAGGCGUCUGGAUACUUUUGAACAUACAGUGUGCGUGUGAUACACCAUGUGUACAUUAAAAGUGCUUUAAAACAAGUAAGAGUAAUACUACUCAAGAAAUUCAGGAUGGACAUUGCUGUCUACAGGUAAUGUGCAGUUGAACAGGUUAACACUCAAAAAUACUCUUGAAGAUUCUUCCCUUUAAGCAAACCCUGAAUACCCCCAGUAGUGUGCCUCCUAAACAGGAAGCACAGGAUUGUCUUGUGGUGAUAAUUCUCUGGCUAAUGUUAUUAUGAAUGUGCUAAAGGUUUUGACAUUGAUAUGAUUAGAUGUGAAACAAACUGACAUUUAUAACAUUCGACGCUGAAUUUUGUUUGUACUGUAAAUAUCUUGAUAUUUAUGCAAAAGAGAAGUGAAUGUCUUCAAAGUUGAUGUUUCUCUAAAGGAAGUUUUUUUAUGAGUGAAAUGAAAAGCUGGUGCUGGUUCAGAUAUGACACUUCAAAUGUUUCUGUCUGUUUUCCACAGCAUGCUACACAAAAGAUGUAAAUAAUGUAAACAGGAUGGAGAGUAGAAGUAUUUUAUUGUAUAUGUUGCUGUAGUAAUGUCGCAGUUGCUUUGAAGUCAUCCCUCUUCUUUGAUUACUUAGUAUUAGCUGUGUACUUAAACACUGAGAAGUAUGAUACAUUAAUUUCAACCAAAGCACACAGGUGUGGCAGGAUACAGUGUCCUGGUCUUUCAGUUCCAUUCUACUGCUCUACGGUGCUCUCCUGUAUUUAAUUACAGACACCUGGGACAAAACUUAUCAGAAGUCAUUUAUUUUUGUUCAUAUUUAUUAAUACAUCUAUUAAUGCAUGCUGAUUGUAUGGAAACUUUGCAGCUUUUUAAAAGUGUCGUAGAAAAAGCCAUUUUCUUGUUUAUACAAAAAGAACAGAUACCAAGGAAAAUCUCUUAAAUCAGAAAGUAAACAUGUCUAUGCAUUUAUCUCAUCCUGUGCAUGUAUCCUAGAAGAUGAUGUCUCAUGAACAGCAGCACUCAGUAGCUUAGAAAAGACAGGGAAGGAUAUAGCCACAUACAGUUUAAAAAUUUCUAUAUGGGGCGAAUUAUUUAUGAUAAUCAUUUAUUAUCACUUAUUAUUAUUAUUUAUGAAAUCAUUUCUUAUUUUGGACUGACCCUACAUGUGUGUAACUAAAUCUGACCAACUCAAACAUGAAUUCUAGCUGGAGAGCAAGCCUAGGUUUCACGUGAGCCCUUGGGGAGUGGUAGGUUCUGUAGCUGUGUGAAUAGUACACAAAGAACAUUUACAACUGAGAACUUGGGGAGGGUGUUUACUAAAGUCACACCUCAUGCACAGGUUGUCAUACACACAGAUACAGCAGAAGUCAUGAGGCUGGGCUGCACGCGAGGUCUAGCUUUGGUCCUGACUGUUACAGUUUUGCUUCUGUAUGUAGCCUUAGUUAGGAAGCAGAUCUGGACCCAUGAGGAACAUCUCUAUCAAGCCCAGCAAGAGCUUUCUGUCCUCAGACAGGACAUCCUGCACAGGCUGGAGGGAAUAGAGACUCAAAUACAGGCAAUUGUUCAGUCUUCCCACAUUGACCAGAGGGAUGCACAUGCAGUUAUGCAAAGUCCAACACUGAAAAGGGACAGGAGGGCAACUAAGAACUUGUUCCCAAACUCUAAUCUAUUUAAGAAUUGGCAUCCCGACCUGUCUGAAGAGGAGCAGCGAGAAGCAGAAGAGCUUUUCCAGAGAUAUGGUUAUAACGUCUUUCUCAGUGAUAAGAUCCCCCUAGAAAGAGAACUACCUGAGACACGAGACCACAGGUGUUUAACCAAGGAGUAUCCUUCAGACCUCCCAACCAUCAGUGUCAUUUUGAUAUAUGUGGAUGAGGCUCUGUCUGUGAUUAAAAGAGCCAUUUGCAGCAUUAUCAACAGAACUCCUUCUCAUUUGCUCAAGGAGAUCAUUUUAGUGGAUGACCGAAGCACCAACGAGGAUUUACAAGGAAAACUGAAUGCCUUCAUUGACUUCAUCCACAAGACUCGUCCAGGUCUGGUGAAGAAGGUGAGGCAUGAAGAGCGGAUGGGCCUGAGUCAAGCACGCCUCUCUGGUUGGAAGGCAUCCACAGGGGAUGUGGUCGCUAUCUUGGAUGCCCAUAUUGAGGUCUAUGUUCAGUGGGCUGAGCCUCUACUUGCUCGUAUCCAAGCUGACCGCAGGCUGGUGCUGAGCCCAGUCUUUGAUGUGGUGAAUUUCUACAACAUGGAAGUGACUCCAUACCAAGCUGCAGCUCAUGGUUUUGACUGGGCUUUGUGGUGUCAGUAUGAUUUCUUCAAUCAGGAAUGGUAUGAUCGCAAUGACCAAUCGUUACCUGCCAAGAGUCCUUCUGUGAUGGGUAUUUUUGUGGUAGAUCGCCUUUUCUUUGAAGAGAUUGGAACACUUGAUGGAGGAAUGAAAACAUAUGGUGGAGAGAAUGUAGAGCUAGGCAUCAGGGUGUGGCUGUGUGGAGGUAGUAUUGAGAUCAUUCCAUGUUCUAAAGUGGCACACAUUGAGAGAGCACACAAACCGUAUGCACAGAACCUUAAUGUGUUAAUGAAGAGGAAUGCCCUCAGGGUGGCAGAAGUCUGGCUGGAUGAAUACAAGAUCAAUGUCAACGCAGCCUGGAACCUUCCACCAACGGACCAUGGCAUAGACAUUGGAGAUGUGUCUGAGAGAAAGAGACUGAGGGAAAGGCUGCAGUGUAAGCCCUUUAAGUGGUAUUUGGAUAAUGUCUAUCCACGGCUAGAUCCACUGGAUGACCUGCUUGGUUAUGGCAUGUUGAUCAACAGUCUGAAGACAGAUGUAUGUGUUGAUCAAGGACUCCUUUCACGCAACACUCCCAUCUUAUACGUAUGUCAUCACCAGGUUUCACAGGCCUGUGGCUAUAGAAGACGUGGAGACAUUUUUAUUGGACAGAGCAAUUUUCAGGAACGACGCUGUUUGACUGACCCUGGUUCAGGGAGACUACCUGUACUACACAAAUGCUCAAAGCAGCAAAUCUACAAGUAUUGGGACUUCAAACAGGGGCAAGCUAUAAAAAAUAGAGACACAGGCCGGUGUCUUGAAAUUGCUAUUGGACCAAAUGGGUACUAUCAAUUGCACAUCCAGGACUGCAGUGGACAGAGGUGGACAAUACAGCAUGUGAUCAAAGACAGAGGCUUCAGCUGAAAUUCAGUCAUGAAUUCUCCAGUAUGAAUUUGUC